AUGAAAAUAGGUCAAUUGCCACGGAAAAAGUACUCUGUCCUAAUAGUACCUGUUCCUGAAUAUAUAAUAGGAAUUGACAUUUUAAAAGGGUCGAUGUUGAAUUUAUUGGAUGGACAGUAUCAAUUUGGCGUUAAGCCAUAUUUUUCAGUUAAAACAGUUAUAGUAGAGAAAGUUAAAAUGCCACCUGUAGAAUUACCUUCAGCAACAAAGGUAAUUAGUUUGAAGCAAUAUAGAAUCCCUGGGGGGCAUAAGGAGAUAGGUGAAGCAAAUCAGGAUUUAUUAAAUGCAGGUGUCUUGAAAACUACUACAACAGCAUGGAAUAAUCCAGUUUGGCCUUUCAAAAAGUCAGACGGGUCUUGGCGAAUGACAGUAGAUUAUCGAGAAUUGAAUAAAUAUACUCCGCCACUAACAGCGGCGGUUCCAUAUACGAUUACAUUAAUAGAAAAUAUACAGAAACACCAAGGUACUUGGUAUGCAUUAACAGACUUGGCAAAUGCUUUCUUUACCAUACCAAUCGCAGAAGAGAAUUAUGAUCAAUUUGCUUUUACCUGGCAGGGACGACAAUAUACGUUUACUCGGUUACCACAAGGAUAUUUGCAUAGUCCUACUAUCUGUCACAAAAUAGUGGCAGAACAUUUAGAUUAAAUAGGGUUGCCUCAGAACAUGCAAAUUUCACAUUACAUUGACGAUAUUCUUAUUCAAGGGAAUUCUGAACAAGAAGUGAGUGAGUAUUUACAAAUAGUAAUAAAUCACAUGAGAACAAAGGGCUGGGAAAUAAAUCCCAAUAAGAUUCAGGGACCAGCUCAAACAGUAAAAUUUUGGGGAAUUCAGUGGCAUCAGGGACAUAGAAAAAUUCUACCUAAGGCAAAGCAAACGAUUUUAGAAUUUCCAACCCCUCAAGACAAGAUGGAGGCACAGCAUUUUAUAGGAUUAUUUGGAUUCUGGAGACAACAUAUUCCCCAUUUAAGUCAAAUACUUUCCCCAUUGUAUAAGGUGACUAGGAAAAAAUAUGAGUUUGUUUCGGGGGAUGAUCAGCAAAAAGCUUUUGAACAAGCAAAGCAAGCUAUUUAAAAGGCUUUAGAUUUAUGGCCCCUACAUGACGGGGAAGUAGAGUUACAUGUAUCUGUGCAGGAUCAUUAUGCUAACUGGAGCCAUUGGCAGAAACAGGGAUCAAAGCGGGUGUGACUAGGAUUCUGGACUAGGAAAUUACCAGAUGCAGGAGAAAGGUAUUCUCCUUUUGAGAAGCAGUUACAAGCAUGUUACUGGGCACUGGUAGAUACUGAACAAAUGACAGUAGGACAUACUGCACUUUUGCGACCAGAAAUGCCUAUAAUGCAGUGGGUAAUGAGUUCACCCAAGACACAUAGAAUAGGUCAUGCGCAGGAAGCAAGCAUUAUUAAAUGGAAAUGGUACAUUCAGGAUAGAGCCAACCCUGGAAUUAAUGGAGUAGCGAUGCUACAUGAAAAAGUGGCUCAAAUACCAUUAGAUCAACAACUAUCUGUUACUGACAAGGCUGAACCAGUCAGUGGGUCUCCGGUAAAAUGGGGUAUGCUAUAUGUACAGGUACCAUUAGAACAACGCAAACAUGUUUGGUUUACUGAUGGGUCAGCAAAAUAUGUAGGAAAUAAAAGAUGUUGGAAAGCUGCAUUCUAUAAUCCAGUGCCUAAGAGACUUUUAACAUCCUCAGGGAGUGAUAAAAGUCAUCAGUAUGCAGAAUUAUAUGCUGUAUAUCAAGCACUGAAACAGGAGAUGCCAGGUAUAUGUCAUAUUUAUACUGACUCUUGGUCAGUGGCAAAUGGAUUGGCAACUUGGUUGCCUACCUGGCAGAAGAAUGACUGGAAAAUUCAUUCAAAAGAAAAUUGGGGAAAAGAAUUAUGGCAAUUGAUUGGGGAAAUGAUAAAUCAAGGUUCUGUAACAGUUUAUCAUGUUGAUGCACAUUGUUCUGCAGAUUCUCUAAAACAGUGGUUUAAUUCUGUUACAGAUGAACAAACGAGAAUUUCAGAAGCUAAUAUACCAGAUGAUUCUGAGCAAAUGGGGAUGGCAAAAUGGGCACAUCAGAAAUGCGGACACCUAGGAGAAAAAGCCACUCACAGACCAAUUUCAGAAACAGAAACACCAUUAAUGAGAAUGUUAACUCCAGUGUUGCAGAUCAAACUAUAUGGGACGACUGAAACAAUUACAUAUUGGGAAACUCAAGUAGGUGCAUUAGCUCCUACUAGAGCUACACCUGAGACUGCAGGAUUGAGUCUAUAUUCAAUGAAUGCUUGUAAAAUACCACCAAGGACAGUUCAGCUGAUUGAGACUGGGAUUGGAAUUCAAAUUCCAACAAAGCAUUUUGGUUGGAUAAUGCCUCAGUCAGCACUUGCUUUGAAAGGUGUUCAGUUUGUAAAUGGAGUUACUGAAGCAGGUUAUCAAGGGGAACUUAAAAUUAUUCUGUUAAAUACUUCAGAUGAGAAUGUUCAUGUACAGAAAAAGGAUAGGGUAGCCCAAAUAUUUAUUGUACCUGUGUUAGGCGGUUCCAUCACCAGAGGGCAGUCAUCGCCUGUUACCGCCUUCGAGAGGGAGCAGAUAUCUAGUAUGCAUGAAAUUAAUUCAGGUGCAAAAAUAUGGGUUCAUGAACCCAAUAAACAACCUGAACAAGCAGAAGUUAUUGCUGCUGGGAACGAUAAUACUGUUUUAAUUAUCAAGCCAGGAAAGGAAAAAUGGGAAUAUAUACCAGCGGAUUGGUGUUAUUUGUGA